UUUCCGUGUCCACGCCCAUGGCUUCGGUUCGGUUCUUUCGGGGCGGCUUCGGCGCCUGCUCGCCUAUGGGCUGAUAGGAUGGAUAGUAAAGACCCGGCGGAGAGUGAGUUACCUCCGUUGUCACAUGUUCGCUUCUCUUAUGCGGUGGGAGGCGCCAGUUUGUGUUCGCCCUCGAGGUCGCCGCGGGAGGGGAGCCCCAGACGGGUGGGUACCCCUAAGGUGACUAUGGUUGCUAUGAUCUCUUCGGACACUACUGAGGAUAGGUCUCCUAUACUAACACAGGAGGUGGAGAUGGUGGGAGAGUUAUCUUCGGCAGCCGAGCGCCCGACACCGGUUGUGGUUUGGAUUCCUUCUCCAUCGCCUAUGCAGGUGUCACAGGUGGUGACACCCGCACAGGAGGAUGCUGCUUCGCGGAUUCAGACGACAUCACUCCCACCGCAGGAGGCGGCGCGAGUGUUGCCUUUGGAGACCUGUGUCCAGCCACACACUGCUGACCGACAGGAGGCUUCGGUCGAGGAGGUGGUGGCAUUUGGUGGCAUCCCUUAUCCGACAUCUGGGGGGAGACGGACCAGCAGACGCAUCCAGGAGCAGCCGGACGCGGAUGACUUUCAGAUGGGGCGAGCCAUGCGGGCUGCCAAGAUUCGAGAUGUCGAGGCCGUUUCAGGUCAUCUUCAAAGCGUCUACAUGGAUCCGUACGUGGUCCUUGCUGAGCCAUACGGACCACAGGGUGCACAUGGCUAUUGGGUGCAACCGAUGAGAAACGGUUGCACGGGAUACAUAAAACCGAUAUGGAUGGCGGUCCAGUAAUAGGCUAGGUGUGUAGACAUCUUGAUCUACUAUAGCCGGUUGUGGCUUUUUUUAUUUUUGACCGUGUGUGGCAUUUGUUUCUUCAUGAUCUUUUGAGACCACUUGAGGAGACUUUUGGACCUCUUUUCUUAAUAAAAGGGCUGUGUGCAUCGAAUGAUGCAGAGGCCGGGGGUUAACCUCCUUUUCU